AUGUCGCAGAAUUUUAAACUUAUUCCUGGUCCAGAGAUUCCAAGUCCGAAUGCAACUUUUGUCUUCAAGACGCCACCACGUUCAACCCCUAGCUCUGCUGAAAGGGGAGAGAAGAAUAUUACGGAUCUCAACUCGGAAAACUUUUUGAACCAGGGUUUGCUCUCUCCAGAGCUUUCGUCCCCCCAGCUAGAUGAUAUUCGUCAUGUUACUUCAACACCUUUAUCUCAAUUUCUGCAAAGCGGUGUCAAUUAUCCUGCAUCUUCACAAAGGCAAAGAAUAACUAACGCUGAACGAGGUUCGCCAAAAGAUCAUAAUAACCAAGUUAUGCCCAAGCAAAUAGUUAAUAAUUUAGACGCAUUUCGGUCAUCCGCUACAAAUUUACAGACUGCGGGUUCAAACACGCGUGCUUCUAAUUAUCUCCAACAGAAUACAACACAGAAAUUUUUCUUGAAUAAGCAGAAGAGUAUACCAUUUUCGACUAAAUCCUUUAGCCAUCCACAUCAAACGCGCGAAUUAAGGAAAUGUGAUAGAUCAACAAGGAAAUGUGAUGGAAAGAAAAGGAGUGCUCCACAACAUAUGGAGAAAUCAAGCAAAAGAUCUAGAAGAGUGAAAGCGCCUGCAAACUUUAAGGUCCCCCGUCCUGAAGAACUCCCUCCUGUUAUUUAUGAGUUCGAUGACAAGCCACCGUUCUCAUAUGCCACGUUAAUUGGAAUGGCUCUUCUUCGAUCACCGACGAGAAAGCUCACUUUAUCUCAAAUAUAUCACUGGAUAUAUUCCCAUUUUCAUUAUUACCGCAAGGGUGAGGUGGGCUGGCAAAACUCUAUUCGUCAUAAUUUGUCAUUGAAUGAAUCGUUUGAGAAAGCUGAAAAAUCCAAAGAUGGAAAGGGGCAUUAUUGGAGAGUGGUGUCCGGAUUUGAGUAUCAGUUUUGUCAUGUGCAGCAAACAAGAAAAUUGAGUACUGCUGAGGCCAAGAGCAAACGCUGUAAAGCGAAAAAGGCCCCUCAAGAACUACAGUCAGUUUUGCCAACAAUAGCGUCCUUACAUAUGACUAACGAUACUGGACCCGUGAGUGUAUCUACAACCCCAACCCAUGAUCAAAUAUCAAAAACUCCCCGUACCAUCUCCUCGCAAGCGCGUACCCCAAGAACUCUUGCUUUCCCUGCUGACAGCUUAGGCAGCGCAUACAAGCAAUCUAUUACAUCUCCCGAUGGUUCAUCCGCACAAGAUUCCCCGCGAGCAUUACCCUUUACGUCCUCUUUUAAUUGUAAAUCCACGUUUGAGGUGUCGCCGCUGCCAAAUGCAGUUUAUAGUGGACCUCUUUGGGAGCCACUGACGCCAAAGAAGAAUAAACCGGAUGGAAAGGAAAAUCAACAGGUUGAUGAGUGUCUAGCCCCAAAUUUCAAGACGCCGUUAAACAGUAUGCAGACUCCUCUGAUAAAUAUUGGCUCCUCAUCUGUUAUCCGCAAGCUUUGGACGUCUCCAUCUUACCUAGAUGAUUUCUAUACCUCUCCAAUUGUUAACAAUGAGACUUCGGAUAAUGUUUCCGUUUACAAAACGAUUUAUGGAUCUCCUCUUGUAAUUAAGAGUGAGCGCACAAAAGUUAAGAAUCAACGGUUGCAGACAGAUGUUCCGGCAAUACAAAUUUCUGGUACUCCUAAGGAUGUAACUCCAAAUGUGGAUAUAAAGAGAAAGGAGCCUUCAAUACGUUCUCCAACCUCAACCAUCAAUGGAUAUACUACGAACCAGAUAUUUGGGAUUGACAUUGGUGUCAUAAAUCAUGAUGAAGAUCGAUUGAAGUAG